CAGUUCAAGUAUAUAUUACUUGAGGGAAAUUCUAAUUUUAGAGGUUGUUUGAAGCUGAAGUAGUGAAGAGCAGAAAGGACAUUGCGCGUCCAAAAAGCGAGUGAGGAACAGCGGAAUUCCACCCAAUCUCUUUUCUUUUGGAUCUAACAUUCCACCCAAUCUCAAUUUAAAGCUUCAUCCUCACCAACGAUCUUCUCAAACCCUAAAAACAACCCCAAAGUCACUAAAUUUUCGUAAUCAGUGGAGGAGGAGCAUUCCUCUUUUCCAUCACGCGUCUCCACUGCGUAUGUGAGCUGUUACAUGCCAAUACAUAGACGUGAGAGACAAAAUGCAAGCCGCAGUGAUUCCCUGGUGGUGACAGAUGUGGGCCAACCCAGGGUUAUUCGCUAAACAUCCACGCGCAUUAAUUUACGGAGGGGGGAGCGUGAGGCUUUUGUGUUUCUAGUUUUACCCACCCAAAAACAAUUUCUUAUUAAGUAUAUCAUCUCUCUAACACUCGCUAAAACGCCUUCUUUCCCCUUCCCGGCCCCUCCCUUGGUUUUAUGCUUCUCCAUUUCGAAUCCCUUUUAAGCUCCCACAGCCCUAAUCUCUUUAUUUCCUUUUUGUUUUUCUGCACUUAUUUGAAUUGGUAAUCGUUUCAUUAAAUUGGGUUAUCUAUGAGAGCACCAAACAUGGCAACGAUCACAGAAUCAUUGGAGAGGUCCUUACAGAACUUUUCUUUGAACCAUGAAAGAAGCAACGAAGGUGGGGCUGAAGAAGGGAUAAUAGGGAGGUCUUCCACAUCAGGUGACAACAACAACCUUCCAAACACCGUUUCUGACACUAGCUUGGAGCUCAACUCUCAUCUCUCUCUUCCUUACCAUUGGGAACAAUGCCUUGAUCUCAAGACAGGGGAGAUUUACUACAUAAACUGGAGGAACGGGAUGAAAGCAAGUGUGGAUCCAAGGACAGCAGCUGAGUAUAGUGGAGAUUAUUACUCGGAAGAGGAAGAAGAAGAAGAAGAAAACGAUGAUAGUUUGUAUGACAGUGAAGAACUAUCAUCGGAGUCAUCACCUUCUUCUUCAAGAGAGAGAGGGCAUUAUAAUAACAACAGCAGCAGCAGCAACCACCAAGGAGUAGAGAAAGAGAAAGAGAAAGAUAAUGUUUUGGUUGUAGCUGGUUGCAAGAGCUGUCUUAUGUAUUUCAUGGUCCCCAAGCAAGUUGAAGAUUGCCCUAAAUGUAACGAGCAACUUCUUCACUUGGAUCGAUCCCAAACUGGCUUUCCAUAAACCCACAUUUGUCUUUUCUUCUUUAGUAUGGUUGGUUUGGGGGUUAAAAGGAGGAGUUUUAGACAAAUGGAUUAGUGGUUCAAGCUGUGAUUCUUCUUCCACUUCUUUUCCAGGCAUGGUGUUUGGGGUUUGUUUUGAAGUCGCAGCCAGAGACGAGUCUACCCGUACCGUGCUGUGCUGUGCUGGUGACUGUGUCAAUGGUUAAACAAUGAAUAAUAUUAUUUGCAAUGACUGCGACAUCUGGCUUUCCUUUUAUUUGUAUUUUUGUUUUAGUUUCCCUAGACAUUCUUUAUUUUAGACAUCCUCUCUCUCUCUCUCUCUCUCUCUCUCUCUCCACCUGCUGUUGCCCAAACUAAUUUUUCUGUAUUAGUUUUAUGACAGAUGUGCAUUAUUCUUUCUUUCAGUUUCUCCUCCAAUCCUAUCCACGUUAGGAAUGUCGGUUUUCAAAGUUAUUUCUAUCAUAGUAUUGUAAGCAUUAAUUAAUCAGCUGCUUAAGCCCCUUGCUUCUAUAUCUUUUGCUACUAUUUCCCAUAUUUGGGAGGAAAUAAAUGUUUCAGACCAAAAAGAUAAUGGGGAGCAAA